GGAGGAGGAGCCCAGUCAGCCCAAGGCCAGGGCAGCCUCGUGUGGACCGGCAGGGCGAAGCCAGCCCGGCAAGGCCAGGCCUAGCCUCUUUCCCCGAGCGACCCCGGCCACACGGGGGCAGGGUCCGGCAGCCGUGUGAACCACGGGCCGCCCGGCGCCUGCCUCAGGGGCGGCGGCUGCCCAGUGCCCCACCGAGCGGCGCAGCCAUCUGCGCGGAGCGGCCUCUCUGGCGGGCGGGCAGGCGAGACGCGAGCCAGGCCGCCGCCGGCCGGAGCUGGCACACAGCCGGCGGGGACGGAAGCGCCGGGACUUCCUCCGGGGGAGGCCGGCCCCGGGGCGGUGCGCGCCCCGCGGGGAGCCGCGGCGAGGCGGCCCCGCGCACCGCGGCGGAGGCGCUGGUGGCGUGGGUCGCGGUCGCGAUGCGGGCCGCCUGGGUGCUGCUGGCGGCGGUGGCCGCCCUCUCUGCCUACUACGUGUACCUGCCGCUGCCCGGCACCGUGUCGGACCCCUGGAAGCUGAUGCUGCUGGAUGCCACCUUUCGGGUAGUGCAGCAGACGUGCCACCUAAUUCACUAUCUGAGACUCAGCCAUCACUUGAUAGUUCUGAAUUACUUGAUUUGUACCUUUGACAAGCUGAAGUCUGUCUCCUCCGAAGACAUUAACAUCACGGAUGCUGUUUUUGAUGGUGUGGAAGUCAGAGUUUUUGAACCCCCUGCAAAGCGAGAUGAAAGGCUCAAGCGCAGUGUUGUUUACAUCCACGGAGGGGGCUGGGCCUUGGCAAGUGCAAGAACAAGCCUUUAUAACAAUCUCUGCAGAAUUAUGGCUGAGUCUCUCAAUGCUGUUGUCGUCUCAGUUGAAUACCGACUGGUGCCAGAGGUGUGCUUCCCCGAGCAAUUCUAUGAUGCUCUUCGUGCUACUAAGCAUUUUUUGCAGCCUGAUGUCUUAGCUGAGUAUUCAGUUGACCCAAGGCGAAUUGCAAUUUCUGGAGAUAGUGCAGGAGGAAAUUUGGCAGCUGCUGUCUGUCAGCAGGUUAGCAAAGAUGAGCAUUUGGCCAUCAGACCGAAACUGCAGGCUUUAAUUUAUCCAGUCCUUCAGGCAUUUGACUUCAAUACACCUUCUUACCAGCAGAACAUGAAUAUGCCUGUUCUUCCUCGUUAUGUCAUGAUCAACUAUUGGAUAGAUUAUUUCAAUGGUAACUAUGACUUGGCUCACUCACUGCUGAUUAACAACCACACUGCUCUUGACGUUAGCCAAGCUUUCUCCUUCAGAGGACACCUGAACUGGACGUCUCUGUUGCCUUCAUCAUUCAAAAAGAACUACAAGCCUGUAAUACAAACCACUGGCAAGGCUGAAAUCAUCCAGGAGAUACCAGCACUGCUUGAUGUACGAGCAGCCCCACUCCUUGCAGACAAUGAAACUCUGCAGCUGCAGCCAAAGACUUACAUCCUGACCUGUGAGAAUGAUGUCCUGCGAGAUGAUGGGGUGAUGUACGCCAAGCGCUUAGAGAAUGCUGGCGUGGAAGUCACACUUGAUCACUUCGAUGACUGCUUUCAUGGCUGUAUGAUAUUCACCAUUUGGCCUACUGAUUUCUCUGCAGGCAUUCAGACCAGGAACAGCUAUAUAAAAUGGCUGGAUGAAAAUCUCUGAAGAGAGCAUUUCUCUAGAAGACACAGGGUGCACAACUCCCGUGUCCCUGCAAAAGAGCAAACUAUUAAUAAGUGCACUUUCCCAAAUUCUGGCUCCAUCCUUUCAGCUGCAGCUGCUGGGGGUACAGACCACUAACUACAGCAUUUGCUAGCUCAGUUGGCCUUACCCAGCAAAGUAUUUUGAGAAAUACUUUUUCAAACUUGGAUUUUUUUCACUGUCUUUCAGAUGACUAUUGCCAAACAUAAACAAAUGUUGAGCAGGGAGAUCAGCAUUCCUGUAGCAUUCUUAACUGGCUGCAACUUUCCAGCUUUCACCCUUAAUUAGGCACAAAGGCGCCAGUUUACAAAUGAUGUGAGGUAAAGCCAAACACCUACAUCUACAUCUGAAUAUGUAUAAGUGGGAGCUAAUUUCAACAGUGUUGAGCAUCUGGUGUCAAAGAAAGAACAAACCUCACCUUUGACAGCAGAGCCAUGCAUCUGAAUGUCAAGCAGGGAUUUAGGUGUUGGCUUUUAGGCACAUAGACAAAUGGCUAGUUUAAAUUUUUUUAAAAAAGCUCUUCUGGGCAGUUAAGAUGAUGCUAGACAAGUCUUUUAGCCAAACAUGCAAUUCAGCUUUGGAAUUUGGUCUUUAUUGCUUUUUAGUUAUUUAUAUUUUAUAAAAGCACAGGACUAAUAUAUUUUUCAGAAAAGUAUUAUAGCAUACAUACAAAUAUGCAUACAAUACGGCGUACGAUAAAAUACCCUAUCAGCAGAGCCCAGAUUGCUUAUGUGAGUGAGCUUCAAAGCUGACUACUUCUUUGGCUAAAGAAUGUGACUUCAUCUGUGUUUGAAGACUCAGCUGUAUGACCUCCUUACAGAAAUACUGUGCUUACUAAAAAUAAUCUGCUGUGUGGUUUGCACUAAUGUUUGUAAUUAAUAGUAGAAGUUUUUGUUCAUUGACUUUUCUUUUGUGCUCAUAGUGUUUAUUAUAUUUCAUGCUUCCUUGAAGGAGGGAAGCAAGCAAAUAGAAGUGGGCUCUUAUCUAUAGGGAAGAUUUAAAUCUGAGCUCUGCAGCUAAACUUUGUCUCGCAGACUGACCCAAAACACUAGGUGAGAUGAUCUCACUAUUGUGCACAAGUCUCUACAGUUUGAGCCAGUCUGUAAAAUUCAGAGAGGCAGGACAGUGAAACCACAUAUUACAGUGUAUAUUGUCAAGGAUGCUUGCUGCUUGCAGAAAUGAAGGUUGUGUCAAAAAGCCCAGUGUUUCUAGGAAAAGAGAAGAGAAUAGCUGCUCCAUGACUAAGCUAACAGAUUAAAUUCAUCCUCAGCUUUACCACAGACUUCCUGUGAGACCCCAGGAGAACAACUUAAUCUCUUUAUGCCCCGCUUUGUUCUUCUGCAAGAGGAGGAGUAGUAAUUUCAUACCUCACAAAGGAGCUGUGAAGCUGAAUUCACAGGCGUUGGUGAAGCACAUGGAUGUGACGGUGACUGGCAGGCACUGAACUGCUCCCGUAGCUUUUGACUUUCCGUUUUUCUCUGAUAGCUGUCUCAGAGCAGCCUGCCCCAAGACAGGUGGUACUGCAAGGCCUUGAGUUACACCAUCUCCGCCCUGUCUCCUAUCAGAGUACCAUAGGAUGAGGCUUCUUGCCUGUCAGGAGAUCAUAACAAAAGCAAUUUCAUCAAAGCGUUUCUUAUGGCAGGAUUCGGAAAAGUUCAUUAAAAAAAACCCAAAAACAAACCACCACCACCCCCAAGGUACUGGUAGAUCCAACUGCCUUCUGUCAUUUAAAAUAUACACAGAACAGUCCACUUUCACUGGUGUUUAAAUUAAAUGAGAAUGGCUUUGCUGAAUCAUUGCUUCCUAGAAAUAUCAGGUUGUUAAUGUGUCUGUAUGUAUUAAGAAAAAAGAGAUGUAGGCUCAGUCAUGCGGGCUGAAACUCAUUUCUGAGCAUAGGUCCACAUGGAGAUGUCAAGGCAAAGCUUUUUUAAACAGUGGCCUAGAUUCUUCUUCCGUUUAACUCAUUACAAAGACUCAGUGCAAAUAGAGCAGCCAAGUGACAAUCUGAAUCAGAAUAAAUUGUGGUCAAGAUAUCCAAUUGAUACUGCAGAAGAAUUCAAACUUUUUUUCUGGAUUUAAACCCUUUUUCCUUCUUUCCUCCAGAAACACAAUUUCAGUAGAUUUAAUUUACACUUAAACCAGGCAGCAACCAAGUCCAUUCGAAAGACAAAUUACUGAUCUGUCCUUUUCCCCUGUAUAGAGACAGCUCCAUUUACUUGCCUUUAGACCAUGAUUUAAAGAUCAAAAAAUAUGUAGUUACACUUUGUUUCAACAAGCUUCUUCCUGGCUUUCCCAUUUAAAGAGUAAACCCAGAAAAGAUGUAAUUUAUAUUUACCUGCUGUCCUUAAAAGAUAGUAGUAAAUGUAGUACUGGAAAAAAAAGUGGUUCAUAUGCUUAUAAAUUCUGUAAUAAUUAAGUUUGCCUGCGAGCUGUCUGCAAAGCUUUAGAUCAGCAUUUGUUUAUAGCUAAGUUAUAAAUAUCUGCUAUGAAGCUAUAAUAUAAUUGCUGCUGGUUUAUUUUUUUAACUGAAAUGAAAUGGAAAGCUGGAAUAUAUAUGUAUAUUCAUAGAGUCAGUUGUAAAGUUCCUUCAUGCACUGAAGCACAUUAAAGACUUGGCACAAGAAAUGGUAGCAAGUAUAUAACUGGACUGAAUGUGUUUACUAUAUCAUCACCAGCUUGACAUGCCAUCCAGGAUCGCAGUACAACUCGGAUGCGCUGUCACAGUAUUAACUAGUUCCAUCAGAAUAUCUUGACUACUUUUAUCUUGCAGUUAUAUGGUUUAAAUAUGUGAUAGCUGCAAAGAUAUGUGAUGGAUCCUAUAACAUCCAAAAAAAGGUCUCAGUUUCAGCUGUAAAAAGACCUUUUAGUAUAUAACUGCACAAGACACUUGAUUAAAAUUCAGUAUAAACCUUGAAGUAAGUGUCAGUCCAAAUGCAGCUUUACUCCUACUUUGCUUUGUUCUCCUUUGCACAAGUCUCUGUGCCUGAAAUUGAAAGUUCAAAGUUGUUUUCAGCUGAGCUGCUGCAAGCUCCAAGAAACUGAGCACUAACUCAGACGAGAGCUCAGCUGAGGCUGGCAGGCACGCUUACAGAGAGCUGAUGCCUGAUAGCAAGAGAUUAGGAUUAAUGCAUGUUCCAACACCUCAAUUUAUUCAUGUGUUUAGUCCUUAUGUCUCCUGAAGUGCUUCCUCGUGUGCACCUAGAACCUUGAUUCCUUGGUUAUUUCACAAAGCGGUUUAGGGCACUUUGCACAUUGUAGGAUCAGACCAAGUAUUUGUAGCAAUAUUUCACCUGUGCAUAGUAAAAAGUCAGUCUUCUAAAAGAAGAUACUCAAUAAGUAUGUCUACUUAUCUUCAUUACAUCAGUGAGUAUGAUUAAUGAAUCAUACUCAUUAAUCAUUAAUACUCAUUAAUAAUUAAUCAUUAGUCUGCUUUUUGUAGAUAGCUUUGUUUUCCCUCCUAAAAUUAGCCUUUAUCUGCCCAUUGCAAGACUGUCUUGUUCCUGAUGGCCAUCAAAGCAUUCGAAUGUAAGCUUUUACAUAAAAAAACAACCAAACUCAAAUAACAGAACCUAUAGUCAUUUGUGUCCUGCUUUGAUAGAUCUGAGAAUUAUUAGCAGGUCCCUAGUAUUUUAGCCAAUAUUUACAGGAAUAAAUGGAGGUUUUGUCUCCCUAGCUUAGGACCUCUAAAAGGAUGGGUGUCCAGCGUUUCUGAAAGCCCAAACCUGUUUAAAGAUGUUUCAUGAUGCUUAAAAGUAACAAAUAAGUUGAAUUUCCCAACCUUCAUCUAAGUAAUGCCAAAAUUGCAUCCCUACCCAAAGCAUAAAGGCCAUUGUGGGUUUAAAUCUCCCCAAACUAAAAAGAAAUGCUUUAUCUUUACAGCAUUAUUUUGUUGUGUUUGGGCCUCUAUAUUUUUUAAUCUUUUACCAAAUUUUAUUAAAAACCUUUUCAAAUGAAAAUAUUAGAAGUAGAUUAACCUGUGUUAAACUUUUUAAGCUGCUAUGAUCUGUAACAAUGAUGUUGUUAAAAAACCCCAGCUAUUUUAAUGUUCUCUUAUUUAUGAUGUUCAAAACCUGAAAGUACAACAUACUUGAUGUGAAUGCAUUCAAUAUCUCAUGCAUGACCAUUUUUUUGUUAUUUUUUCCCAGUGCAGGUGAAAGAUCUUGUAAGAUCUAAUUAGAAAGUGUGAUUGAGAUGUCCUAUCAAAAUGAAGAACAAAUAAAUAAAGUGAAAUAUAUCUGUGA